AUGUCGUCACCGCCGCCUGCGCUCCCAACACCCAGGCAGCUCCUGACCUCGCUCCUAAGCCAGAUCUCCAGGAUCCCAGCGCCUGACGGACCAGACCUCGGGGAUGACACAGCGCAGAACAGAAGCACAGCGGCCAGGGCCGACCCGUUCCCCGAGAGGACAGGCCAACCGCGGGCCAACCCCCUCAGGCUGAUAGACCCCAGGCACCGGCCGCUCUUCACGACGCUGCACGUGCUGUUCCCGUCACUCCUGCUGCCCGCGCUGGACCUGUUGGACAGGGGCCUGGUCACGCGCCUGCUGGCCCCGGGCGGGACUGCUCAUGAGACCCACGAGGAGCAUGAACUGGGCCCGCAGGCGCGCGAUCCCGCGGGCGCAGGGGCACCGCCAACACCAGCACCAGCACUGUCGGUGUACACGGUGCGGUCCGCGCAGAAACCAACACGGCGGCCCUACGGCGGCGACGCGGCGGCGGCGGCGUCCGCGAGUGCCGCCACCGGUGGCAGCAGCAGCAGCAACAGCAGCAGCAGCCAGAGGGCCUACGUCGUUCACACGGCGGCGUGGAAUUGCACGUGCGCAGCGUUCGCCUUCUCAGCGUUCCCGUCCCUCUCGGGGCCGUCCCUCCUCGUCCCGGCAGAGGGUAGGGGAGAGGACGCCGUGCCCGCAAUGACCACGGCGGAGGACGAUGGCGAUAGUGCGGAGGACAGGGACGGGGGGUGGAAGGGCGGGCCGUGGCAGUUUGGCGGCGUCAGUUUCGAUGGCUGCACAGAUGCAGGCGGCGUGCCACCCUGCUGUAAGCACCUUCUGGCCUGUGUCCUCGCCGAGCGCUGGCAGACGGGCCUGGACAGGUAUGUGAACAGGUGGGAGGUGACAAGGGAGGAAAUGGCAGGUGUGUUUGCGGAUGUCUGA